GUUGUGAUGACGUCAUCUAUCAUGGUCCCGACAAAACGCACACAGGACUCUGGGAUACCUGCGUGUCUGAUAGAAAAACAAAAAGGCUUUGUUGUUCAUUUUUUAAAAUACAACUCGUGAACAGAAGUUUUGCUAAAAAGGCUUUGGACGUUUUACCCCUUUGUUUACCGGAGCCGUCUAAAGCAGCAAGAAGGGGCGAUUACCACGGCGAGUUUGGCUUUUAAAUUCUGAUUUAAAAGGAUGAAGCGCACGGUGAGGAGACGGAGCUCCGCGUGGAGCUAUUUUGAACAAGUGGGCGCGAACUUCGUCCGCUGCAAGAAAUGUGACGCCGAACUCAAGUAUUGCGGCGGAGCCACCAGCACCAUGAUAUCCCACAUGGCCGCGAAGCACCAUGUGUCCAUUCCGUUGCGGUCCGCAGCAGCCAGGGGCUCUUGGAGCGAGACGCCGCCGAGCUGGAAGGCUCCGGACACCGAGGAGGAGAGCGCAUUUAACCCGGAGCGGGAGCCCUCGGAGAGGAGGAGAAACAAGCGGAGCUCCGUGUGGGACGUUUUCGUCAGAGUGGACGAGGAGGUCCACUGCAAACUAUGCGACACUAAGCUGAAAUACAUGAGCAGCACCACCAGCAUGAUGUACCACAUUAAAAACAAGCACACAGAGACCCCACAGAGCAACAGCGUGGCCAUGCCUACGCAGGCACAGGUAACUAAACUCGUCACUAACAUGAUAGAGAAGGACAUGUUUCCCAUCAGCGUGGUGGACGGGGACGGCUUCAGGGAGCUGCUGGCGGAUAUUGUGCAUAGCUAUAAUGUGCCCUCUGCUGAUGAGAUCACGCGCAGCAUUGAAUGCCAUUAUCAUGAGAAGGCAGCAGACCUCAGGAUGCGGCUGGCUACAGUGGAGAAAGUGGCUCUCACUGCUGAUUUUUGGACAGCCAUGCCAUCUCAGAAGUACAUCACAGUGUCCUGUUCAUUCAUAACAGAGGACUGGCAGGGAAAGUCAGCUGUGCUCCACACACACAAGCUGCCCUCAGGAGGCCAGCUCACUGCAGAGUGUGUCGCAGAGAAGCUGUUCAGCACAACACAGGCCUGGAUGAUUGCAGGAAAAGUUCCUGCAUGUGUGCAUAACAACAAAGAAAACAUCCAGUUAACCCAGGGCGUUGCCCAGGUGACCUGGAAUUAUGUCUCUUGCUUCGCCACAACGCUGCAGCUCGCCGUCUUCGAUGGGCUGAGCGAGGACGUUCUCCAGAUCAUCUCCGCCGCAGGGAGACUGGUCCGACACUUCAGCCGCAGCUCGCCGGCGGCUGAAGCCCUGAAGGAGAAGCAAGCGCAGAUGUGCCUACCACAGCACAAGCUCAUUAGGUCCGACAGAGCCAGGUGGGACACGGUCUGCGACAUGUUCCAGUGCUUGCUGGAGCAACGAUGGGCGAUUAAAGCCGUCCUCUCGGACCGCACAGUCACCAGCAAGCACGAGGCCCAGACACUGGAGAUAGGAGACGACUGCUGGCAAGUAAUAGAGAACUUCACACCCGUCCUGGCGACUCUGAAAUGGGCAACGACGGUCAUAUCUGCCGAGACAGAGGUGUCCAUUUCAAACAUCUAUCCGAUAACGUUUAGCCUCAUCCAGACUCAUCUCGUUCCAAAAGAAAGCGACGUUGAUCAGGUCUCGAGUUUCAAACUUGCAGUGCAGAAAUCUCUAAGAGAUCACAUGGAGGUGGACUCCAGCGAUUUGGCUUCCAACCCAGCUCUGAUUGCCUCCAUGCUGGAUCCUCGCCACAAGCACCUCAAUUUCCUGAUGCCAGCAGGGAGGCUGGCUGCCAAGGUGAAGCUGCAUGAGCUUGUCUCAAAGCUGGAUGCCAGCGCAGCUGGCCCCAAAGACGAACAACUGGAGACUGCGGUGACACCUGACCUCAGCCAGGUUGCCACAGCCAGAAAACCACCAAGCGACACCAAAAACACCAUGAUGUUGCUUCUAGGAGACAACUACAGCUCGUCUUAUGCCACGGACUCUGAAGCUCAGGUAGAUUACUACCUAAGAGACAUCGCUCCCUCGCUCGACAUAAACCCUCUCGAAUGGUGGCGGCUGAAUGGACCAAGGUUCCCAAAACUGGCAAGUCUGGCGAGGGAGUAUCUGUGCAUACCGGGCGUGUCGCUGCCGUCUUUGUUAUCAGAUGCGGGGCAGAGCUUUGCAGCGAUGCGAACAAGGCUUAACCCAGAGCAUGUAAACAUGAUGGUCUUUCUGAACAGAAAUGCAUCCAUAUAACAAGGCAUGCACUGAAUGCCUGUUGCAAAAUUUAGAAGCAAAAAGGAGAGAUGUAAUAAAAGUAUCAAGUUA